AGUAUCUCCGCGCGUGACGUCACGGGCGCUCCGCGGCGCGCGGGCUCGGCUCCAUGGUGGAGCAGGAGAGGCUGCGGCGGCUCCUGAGGCUGGUCCAGGAGGGAAACCUGGCUCUCCUGCGGGAUGAGCUGAGGCUGGAUGAGGUUCCAGAGGCUCGCAGCUGGCGCUGGGGACGUUUGGGAGAUUCCCUGCUGCACCACGCAGCUCGUUUGGGACACCGGGAUGUGCUGGAAUUCCUGGUCCAGGAGGUUGGGAUGGACAUGGAGGUGGCCAAUGGGGACUACAAGAGACCCCUCCAUGAGGCUGCGUCCAUGGGGCACCUGGAAUGUGUGUCCUUCCUCCUGGAGAGAGGGGCCAGCGUGGACUGCUUGAAAAAGGCUGACUGGACUCCCCUGAUGAUGGCUUGCACCAGGCAAAACUUGGAAGUGAUCAAAACCCUGGUGGAGCACGGAGCCAACCCGUUGUUGAGGAACAAGGAUGGCUGGAACUGCUUCCACAUUGCCAGCAGGGAAGGGCACCCCGAGGUGCUCCACUACCUCCUGGAUGUGUCCCCAAGCUGCUGGGACACCGAGAGCACCACGGGGAGAACGCCUCUGCACACAGCAGGUGCCAGUACAGAGGUGACAGCAGGGACAGCUGUGGGGUCACUCCCUUCAUGGAUGCUCUCCAGAACGGGCACGUUGGCAUCGCCCGGCUGCUCCUGCAGAGACACCAGGCCUGUCCCACAGCUGGGGAUGCCCUGGGAGCUCAGGCCCUGCACAGGGCAGCUGUCACAGCCCAGGAUGGCUCCAUCCACUUCCUGGUGGCCGAGCUGGGCCUGGAUGUCAACGGGACAGCGACGUCCCUGCAGCUGCCAGCCCUCCACUACGCAGCCAAGGAAGGACAUGGCCACACCAUCCAGACCCUGCUGUCCCUGGGCGCUGAUCUCCACGCCAAGGAUGGGAAGGGCCGUUCUGCCCUGCACGCGGCCAGCGCCGGGCAGCGCGCGGGGGCCGUGGCCGUCCUGCUGCGGGCCGGGCUCCGGGACGCUCCUGAUGCCUCGGGAACGCUGGCCCAGCAGCUGGCCAGGAGCCCUGAUGUCAUCCAGCUCUUCAGGGGACACCAGGCAGCACCUGAGGAGGAGGAACCUGCUCCUUUUCCACACGCUCCCUGAAACAGAACCAUCCAGGGAAGUGCCACUUCCAGGGAUCCUCGUGGCUUUUCAUGGGAAUUUCCACACCCUGAACAUCCCCAUGGAGAAAAUCCACCUGGAUCAUGGAUUUACCUGCUCUCCACAAAUCCCUUAAACUGUUUUAAUUUGCAAUUUAACUUUUAUGUGACCUCUUUGGGUAGCACAGAGACUCUUGGAGCUGCUUCCACCUUUUGAAUCCUCUUUGUAGCCCAAGCUGAUCCCAAAACCUGCAGGAAUCUGUGGUGGGACCUCAGCCCUGUGAGGACACCAGGGAUCUCUGGAUCAGACUAAAAUAAGGAGGGGUUUUAUCCCAGACUGGAAUGCUGGCAAUGCCCAGCACUGAUGAACUUUAAAUCCCAACAAUCUGCUCCUGGGAUUCCCAGCAAGGUAAGAGCAGCUGCAGCUGUUGGGUUUGUGCAGCUGCAAUUAUAAAUUCCA